CCGCUACGGUCAUACUGCAAACCGUUCUAAAAAAAUAUUUAGUUUUAAAAUUGUAACUCAAUUAUUUAAGAAGUUUAAGCGUAGUUCUUUGGCCUUUAAUAGAAAGAGAAUGACACGCACCACUUGGAACUGAGUGAAAUCGAGGGAAAUCCUUGUGCUUGUGUGAUUUUCGGCUCCUUGGUAAUACUAUUUCACAGCAGGAUGCGGGACGCAUCUGUACCAAACCCGGAACCUAGCAGCACCGAGGGCCAUUGCUCCGUAGAAAAUGAUACUUGCAAAGAUCAGGAUCACGAUACACCUCCGGUAGAGGGUGAACGGGAGGCGGAGGCCAACGAUGCCAAUUGCACAAUUUGUGGGGCAGCAAAGGCCUCAGCCCUCUUGGAUUUGCGCUCCAACCAUGUGAUGCAACGUCGCCUAAGUCGCGAUUGGAAGAUCCAAGCCGAUGUAAUCCGAUCCACAUUGAAGGCCAUUUGUGUGGAGUGCGUUUGCAAGUUGAACGUGCACUCGGAAGUCACUCGAUCCCUGAUGCAACGCAUGCAGCGGUUGCAACGUUCUGGCGGAGAACUCACCACGGUGACAACAACCUCGACUUCACCCGCCCAUCACAGUCCGCCCAUUGCCGAUGCGGAGGUGUCCACCACCUUGAUAGAGAGCCAAGAGGAGGUUGCGGAAAACAGGCAAAGUGUUCGCAGUUCACGUUCCUCCUGCUCCGUACUGGAAGUGUACCUCGCUCAGCAACCCUAUUCUCCAUCGGCUAAGGAGUCAGGGGAGAAGCAGGCAGAGGGUUGGAAGUGGCGAACACGGCUGGAGUGUCACGAAUGUGGACGGGCUUACUUCCGGCGGGAUUACUACGCAUUGCACUUGCGGCGCUGCUCCAAAACACGCAGGUCGCAGCCCCGUCCGCCGCGUGCCAAGUGUCGGGUGCUCAACGAGGCCACCUAUGACGGAGCAUCUUCCGGAGUCACCCGCUCCUCGCGCGUAUUCUACUGCCGGCAUUGCGACGAAGAGUUCGACUCAAUGAUCGGUAAGAAGCAGCAUGAGCGGUUGAGGCAUCAGCAGCGGUUUCCCUGCGACCUGUGCGAUGCCCAGUUGGACACGAAGUACGAGUGGGAGAUGCACCACACGAUCUGCCAGGCCAAGCAGGAGGCCUUAACCAUCCUGCAGCAGGAGGAAUCUGGACAAACCGUGCAGUCCUCCCGGACGACAAAGGCUCGCUCCACGCGCUCUCGCUCACGGGCCUGCUCUGAAGCUUGGGAUAAGUACAAUAUGGAUAAUAAGGACGAUGAAGAUGAAGAAGACGAAAGCGAGGAGGAGGACCGGGAGGAGGGAGAGGAUGACCAGGAAGACGCCAUGUACGCACGUCGAAUGAAUUUCACCGGUGACUGGAUUGUAAACCACAGUCGAAGCAAUAGCAAUAGUGCUGGGAAUCUCUCCCUUUUGUACGGCGACUAUGGGCUGGUGGAAACACACAUGACCACCGACAAGGAGUAUGACCUUUACCUACUUGAUCUGCUUAAGACGCAGGUGCGACUGAAAGCUUUCUCGUGCUUCACGCCAGGCUGUGGUUAUCAGACAGAUACCCUGGUGGCUCUAAUGAAGCACGAUUACAUGGAGCACUGGAAGAUGAGCUGGUUCUACUGUCACAAGUGCGGUGAUGUCUUCACAAGCAAGGUCUUCCUGGACUACCAUAUGCACCUCCAGAACCGUGGCCUCUACAUCUGCCACAAGUGCCGCGAAGAGUUCGAGUUGCAGCACCAGUUGGACCGCCACUUCCAGCUGCACAAGAAGGGGAUCAACUACCAUUGCAACUUUUGCCGAUUGGAGUUUCUCAGUGAGGCAAAACUGCUGGCCCACUGCAAACUCCGGGGGCACAGUCCCAACGAUGAGCCCCUGAUUAGCAUCGAUCGGUCGCUUUCAAUCGUCAACUGCCAUGGGUCCCGGCCGGCGGACUAUCCUCGAAUAUGCAAGACGUACGAAGAGCGAGAGUUUUAUAUUCCGAGGAUUCCGGUACCCUCGAUGCAGCCCAUGCACUUGCCGCAACACAAACCCUUUCGGUUCGCCAUCGGUAUUUGCGAUUUUGAAGAGCGAAAUCCGAACUGCGUGGGAUGCCACUGAACUUACGCUAGCUAUUAGGUUUAAUACUUGUCUGCAAUAUUAACGAAUAGUUCAUUUUAUCUAGCACUACUUUAGUAAAAUUCAAAUUUGUAUUUUUUAUAAUAAAUAUUGUGCCGUUG